CCCCGGUGGGUGAUAUCAUUUAUUCUCUCCCUCACCUUCGAACAGUAUCAAGAACACAGACAUGCACAGCUCGUAGCAGUAACGCGAAGCGAAGUUCAUUUGAGCCUCUGCCUCUGCCUCUGCUUGGUCGGAGGAGGCCAUGGCUGUGGGCGGCAGAAGGAAGAUGAUGGCCUUCAUGGCCGUCGUCGUGAUGCUCAUCUCGAGGCUGAGCGCUACGUCCAGUGACGUUCAAGAAGCAGCAACGGCGGCGGAAGAAGAAGAAGAGGCCGACCGCAUAGCGUCUCUUCCCGGGCAACCGAAGGUCCCGUUCCGGCAAUUCUCGGGGUACGUCACCGUCCACCGAGCCGCCGGUCGAGCCCUCUUCUACUGGCUCACCGAAGCCUACUCCGAUCCCGCUUCCAAGCCUCUCGUCGUCUGGCUCAAUGGAGGUCCUGGUUGCUCGUCAGUGGCAUACGGCGCAUCCGAGGAGAUCGGGCCGUUCCGGAUAAACAAGACGGCCUCAGGUUUGUACCUCAACAAGUUCUCGUGGAACACCGAGGCCAACCUCCUCUUCUUGGAAACUCCUGCCGGCGUCGGCUUCUCCUACAGCAACCACUCCUCGGAUCUCCUUGACACUGGUGACCGCCGCACCGCUGAGGAAUCAUUGGAGUUCUUGGUGAGAUGGAUGGAGAGAUUUCCAAGGUACAAAGGGAGGGAGGUGUACUUGACGGGGGAGAGCUACGCGGGCCAUUACGUUCCUCAGCUGGCCCAACAGAUUAUGGCCCAUAAUUUGAAGCCCAAACACUCCACCAUCAAUAUCAGGGGCAUUAUGGUAGGGAAUGCAGUGACAGAUAACUACUACGAUAACAUGGGGACGGUGAUGUACUGGUGGAGCCACGCGAUGAUAUCUGACCGGACGUACAAGCAGCUGAUGAGCACGUGCGACUUCCGCCGGCAGAAGGAGUCGAACGAGUGCGAGUCGCUCUACUCCUACGCCAUGGACCAAGAGUUUGGCAACAUCGACCAGUAUAAUAUCUAUGCUCCCCCUUGCAACUCCUCCGACGGGUCCGCCGCCACCAUGCGACAGUCCAUUCGUCUCCCUCACCGCCCCCAUCACAACAAGAUUUUGAGGCAGAUAUCUGGAUACGAUCCCUGUACAGAGAAAUAUGCAGAGACAUACUACAACAGGCCUGAUGUGCAGAGAGCGCUCCAUGCCAACACCACCAAGAUUCCCUACAAGUGGACUGCUUGCAGUGAAGUGUUGAACCGAAACUGGAACGACACCGAGGUGUCGAUUCUGCCCAUCUACAGGGAGAUGAUUGCUCGUGGCCUCCGAGUGUGGGUCUUCAGUGGCGAUGUGGACUCGGUUGUACCCGUUACAGCCACGAGAUACUCACUCGCACAGCUCAAGCUGGCAACCAAAAUCCCGUGGUACCCUUGGUAUGUCAAGAAACAGGUGGGAGGGUGGACAGAGGUAUAUGAAGGGCUAACGUUUGCGACGGUGAGAGGAGCUGGUCAUGAAGUCCCUCUGUUCAAGCCCAGAGCCGCUCUUCAGCUUUUCAAGUCCUUCUUAAGAGGAAAGCCCCUCCCAAAGUCAUGAACUGAGUGUUGUCAGUUGACUUGCUGCCACUUUUUAUUUGCUAGUUACAAGGGAAAAACCAACCAGAGAGAAAGUUGAUUAUUCAUUGUGGUCAUUACCAAAAUGGAAGAUUUCAUCUGUCUGUGUCGUUUCUUCUUCCUGUUAGCACAUCAGUCUGACCCUAAUCCCUCUUUUAUUCCUUAUCUAUAAACUAUUUUGCCAA